UGGCAUCAUCUGUUUCCUUCUGGCUGUGAGUGGCUCCCUCUCUCUCUCUCUUUCUCAGCUGAAGCCUCCCUGAGUUGGUCAAGGGAGGGUGUGUGCCCCGCCUCUCUCUCUCUCUCCCUCUCUCCACAUAACACCUGUCCCCCAACACCUGUCUUCAGCCUCUUGGUAUAACCAAUUAAGAUCUCUAAUGAAGAAAAACAAAGGAUAGUUACCCUGCAGAACGCCACCUAACCUGAAAAUCCAUCUCUGAGCAAAUAAGAAGUAUAGUUGGGAGCAUACACUAAAAAGCUACACGUGGCCUCGGUGCCCAUCUCCGUCACACUGGACACUGACCCUAACUUAGUCACUGACCUUAAUAAACCAAUAAAGAACAUGAGAACACAGUGAUAAUUAACUAAUCUAACAUCCCAACAAACAAUUCCUGCACCAUAAACUUUCUCGAGCCACGUUGUGAAGUGUAUGUGCUGUCCAAUGAAGUGACGGUGUGAAGUGACUGUGCAUUGAGUGGAUGCAAGUGUAUAGUUAUCAGCAGGAUGGGGCGAUGCAUGAGGACCCUUCGCCUGUGCGUGGCUAUCUUCAAGAAGCACUGGAUUGUGGCUGUGUGGACGGCAGCGUGCAGCUCCAUGUUCUACGCCGACUACAUGCGCUACAAGACAGAGCCGCAGUUCUAUUACACGCGGCGGAUGCUGGGGCUCGGUCUGUGUGUGUCGCGAGGCUCAGCAGCGGUGCUCAACCUGUCCUGCUGCUGCCUGGUGCUGCCCAUGUGUCGCGCCCUCACCACGGCGCUCACUGCUGGCUGCACACGCCUCGUGGUGAGGGACACGCACACCACCAGGCCUCACUUUGCCGCCCUCACCGCACCCCUCACGCACGCCGCCAAGACCACGCAUCUCAUGAUUGCGGUCUCGGUCAUUGGCAGUUCAGUGGUGCAUUCUGCGGCGCACCUGGCCAACGCUGUCAACUUCUCCCGCCACUUCAGCAAACAGUUCCCGGAGCUCAAUGUGGCGUCCUACAAAGAUGAGAGCCCAGUUCGACUUGUUUUGACAGUUCCAGGUGUAACAGGGCUGCUGAUGCUACUAAUCCUGGUGGUGCUGGCUGUGAGCUCCCUUCACUGGGUCAGACAAAGGCACUACAACUUCUUCUAUUACACUCACCACCUGGGCUUGGUAUUCUUCUUCCUUCUGCUUCUCCAUCCCUUAAGUGGCGUUCUCAAGGAGCAGAAGAAUGUUGAGAGCCACUUCCCGGGUUGUCUCAUGGUAGCUGAUGUUCACAGAGUCAAAGAUCAUCAUGAGCCCAGCACCAAGAGAGCCCAUCACCUCCUCAGCUCAGCCUUUCAGAAUAUCAGAAGAAAGGAGGAGAGAGAUCAACACCACAGACUUAAAGUUCAAAACCACUCGGAGCAGAAAAUCUAUGACAUCACUGAACUUGAGGGCUACAGCAAUCCAGAACCUGAAGAUUAUGGCUACCCAGAACCCAGCCCAGAUUAUGGCUUCCCAGAACCCACCCCAGACUAUGGCUUUCCAAAACAGAGCCCAGACUAUGGCUUUCCAGAACCCAGCCCAGACUAUGGCUUUCCAGAACAUAGCCCAGACUAUGGCUUUCCAGAACCCAGCCCAAACUAUGGCUUUCCAGAACAUAGCCCAGACUAUGGCUUUCCAGAACCAGAGCCAGAACCAAUCUCCAGGUUCUACAACAAUAACGACAACAAUAACCUGAGGCUCGGCAUUCCCCAGUCCACUUAUGCACAUGUUAACCGGGUGCGAAAUGCAUCUGACACUUUUAAAAAGAAAGAUCAAAAGUUUGAGAUGCCAUACAGAACUUUGAUGAAGAAAUUCUUGAGAAGAAAAGUUUGCCUCCACCAGCCAAAGUUUGGGGCCAUGCCCUCACAGACCUGGGUGUGGGUGACCAUUGCUCUCGUGGCCUGGACGUUGGACUGGCUGCUGCGGUGGUGGCGGCGCAGGAAGGCAGUGGUGGUGGUGGAGGUGGAGUACCACCCAUGCAAGGUGAUGCAGCUCACCCUCAGGAAAAGGGGCUUCAAAUGCUCUCCAGGCCAGUACAUCUUGCUGCAGUGCCCAGAGCUGUCCAGGUUUGAGUGGCAUCCUUUUACGGUGACCUAUCCUCCCACCCACCACUCCCCCGACACCUUCACCAUCUUCAUACAGGAGCGGGGAGACUGGAGUCGGCACAUAUCUUCAAUAUUCCGUCAAAGCUUACAACCUAGUCCUAGUAUAGCUUGCCCCAUGAGUAGUGUAAGGAACCUUCAUACACCAACCCAUUGUAAGAAGGAAAAUGCCAGCAGUCCUCUCAGUAGCCCUAGUAUAGCUUGCCCCAUGAAUAGUGUAAGGAACCAUCACACACCAGCCCAUUGUAAGAAGGAAAAUGCCAGCAGUCCUCUCAGCCAUUCAAGUCAGUCUUUACCCAAUGGCUUGAGUCUGCCAUCACCAUAUCACCAGCACCCACCAGCACCAUUCACCUCCAUUCCUGAGCAUCCUAACUCAUCACCACAGUCAGCAUGUAGAGUAACAGAUAAAUCACUUUCAUAUGGUCUGUCCAGUAGUAAUCUCAGCUCAGCAGAACCCUGGGAACAGUGCAGUAGUAAUUCUAAGGCCUCACAUAUCCAUCCCAUCUAUCACAGUUUAGAGCCAGAUUCAUACAAACACAUCUCACAUAGCAUAAAGUCUUUAGAGUAUAGUAGAAGUGAGCAGUCUUGUGAUCCAGAGUCAAAUAAUGGUGUAAAUAUUAGCUCCACUUUGAAUUAUGAGCCACAUUUUACACGAAGAAAAAGCAAGAGGAGAGAAGAAAGGGAAGGCACAGCUGCUGAUAGGAAGACUGUGAUUCAUCUUCUGAGACCUUCAAAUGUAAGACUGUAUGUGGAUGGGCCCUUCAGCUCCCCCAGUGAGGGCAUGCUGCAGUACCCUGUUGUUGUUGGGGCGGCCGGGGGCAUGGGCAUCACCCCGCUGGCAGCCACACUCACACACAUUCUGCGUUGCCGCUCCUCCUGGCCCAGGAGAGUGCAUGUGGUGUGGGCUGUGAGGGACGCCAGACUCCUGCAUACCUUUGCACCGCUGCUCUCAGGCCUCCUUCAGCUGUGCUGGGAGACAAAGACAGAGGACCGUGCUGAGCUCAGCCUUCACCUCACCUAUGACACACAGCCUCAGCUGCUUCAGAACCUGUUUGCUAAGGACCAUCCUGCUUUGCUUCCUCGCAUCCAGCACGGGCGGCCUCAGUGGAAGCACCUCUUCCUGGAGUGGCAGCGCUCCUACGUCGGGCAGACGGUGGGUGUGUUUGCCUGUGGUCCCCCCAAGCUCCGGCACCAGGUGAAGAGGCACUGCCUGUCAGCUGUGUCCCGAGGAGCAGCUUUCCACUACCACCAGGAGUCCUUCUCAUGAUGGCUGGUGCAUGGUAGUGACUUGUCAAGACUGUGAAGGUAACUUAAUGAACAGUGACAGAGUUCAUAACCUUCACAUCAACAAUAACAGUGUCUUUCCCUAGCUUAAAUAUGAAUGUUGAUGUGAUGAAUGCCAAUGGCCAAAUUUCCACAGCUGUGGUAGUUGUAGGUGGACAGUGAGCCUAGACAGGUAUUUAAGUGUAAGGAAUAACAUCUCAGAAAGGUGUGAAGCAAAAGAAUGUCACAUGACAGUAAGUCACUAAAAUUAGAUGAUUUUUUUAAUGUAUAAUAUUAAGAGAAUAAAUUCCUUAUAUUACUGUACUUCACUCCAAAAUAGUACAGAUGAAGUGAAUUGCAACACUUCUUUUAGCUGUGGCCAUGCCUUAAAGGUUCAGCAAGUUGAGCAGACAAGGUAAGCGGGUGGGUGGUGCGUGGCCUGACAACCUGCGGGGAAGUCACGGCCAUGGGCCAGUGUAACCCACAGUUAACCAUUGUCUUAAAAUUAACUGUUAUCUGUAUCACUAAAUUCUUAUAUUGUUGUUUAGUUGCAGACAGUAUAAUAGUUAUAUUAACCUUGUUUUCAGUAAAAAAAAAAGCAUGUCCAUUCCAGGCAGCACAAUAUUGUUGAAACGUAUUGCCCUUAACCCGGUAGCAGCGAAGGGCCAAAUUUGUGCCAUGAUAUAAACCCCAAAAAAUAGAUGAUACAUAAUCUGAUCACAAAUCCUUUGAUAUAUAUUAUGAAAUGGUUUGUGUGAGGGAUGAUUUUUACUCAUUUUUCUCCCUUAGAGGGACCAUUAAGAAACAUGAUCCCUGCUGCUACUGGGUUAAUGGUGGGAAAUGAUGUGUAGGUCUGUUGAUUAGCAUCUCCUUUGAUAGUUUUUCCCACUGUAUCAUAUAUGUGUCUGUGAUGCCUGCCUAGCUAUGAAUCUGCUGGGCCAGGUUCAGAUUCUGGCUUGGGUAGUUCGCGUGCAGUUCAUCCUUCCUUCAUGGCUGAUCAAUAAAUGGGUACCUGGGGAAGCCUCCAGAAGGUAAACUGUGGUAACCCAGAUGUGACACCUGUCUUAUGUCCCGGGGUGAUCAGUUCUUGCCCCCCAUCACGGGCCAGUGCGACAGAGAUGAGCACCGUGGCCACACACAGCUAUGGCACAUGCCCCCAACUUUACCUUACUUAGCCAUUGUCACAUGAAAAUAAUGUUUGUCAGUAAGUGCAAUGUUCUGUUCAUGUUCAUCCUGUUUUAGUCAUUGCUUUCUGUCCCUUUAACUACUAUUCCACUGAUCUUUCAAAAUAUUCAUUUAUCUGCAAUUCUGACUCCUCUAUUCUGGAUGGAAAUGUUGGAGAAAGGAUUGGGAUGUGUAUGUACAAGUAUAAAUUUAAUGUUUUAUUAUUAAAAAGAUACAUUUAGUCAUCACAUAUUGUGAGUUUACCAUACUUAAUGGACCCUGAGAGACAAACAUAGGUCCCUUCCAACAAAAAAGAAAAAGAAAACUAUAAAAAUCCAUGUGAACUUCAACAACUUUGUGAGGUAUAAAAAAUAAAUUACUGAAAAUA